AUGGCAGCGGCUCUCAGAAAAAAUUUCACCACUUGCUACGAGCCUGCAUUGCUCAGGAGCACGACCGUGCGGAUCCGGCUGCCAGGGGACAACAGGAUGCGCGAGAGCCUGGGCCGGAGCGGUGACGCAUCCCGGCGGGCCACAGCCGGAGCAGGAACCCCAGCCGACGCGGAUGCAAACGGGGCAGGGAUCCCGCUGGAUAUGGACGCAGAGGGGGCAUGCGGCCCCUUGGACGCAGACGGUGCGGAGCAUCAGUGCCUGACCCUUGAAGAGCUGGGGGACUACUUCCAAGAAUGCAUCGAAGCCGUCGAGCAGCUGGAGAAAGAGAGAGACAGCCUGAUCGCGGAGCUCGGCCAGCUCCGGGAGCCGGCGCUGCAGGAGAUCCGCCAUGCCCACGAGGAGAUCCAGGCAGCUUGCCGGCUGCUGGCCAAGGUGGAGCUGGAGAGGGACAACCUGAAGGAUGAGAUCCGGCAGAUCAAGCAGAAGCUGUUCAAGGUGACGAAGGAGUGCGUGGCUUGCCAAUACCAGCUGGAGAGCCGGCGGCACGACCUCUCCCAGCACGCUGCUUACCGGGGCGAGCUGGAGACCCAGGCUGGGCAACUCUCCGGCGAACUGUCCCAGCUGAAGGAGACCUGCGAGAAGGAAAAGGAGGUUUUGAGGCAGCGGCUGGAGGCUCCGCCGUGUCGGCAGGAUAACCUGUACCUGCAGGAGAGCCGCCGACUCUCCAUGGAGUUCGAGAGCUUCGUGGCGGAGAGCCGGCGGGGUCUGGAGGAGCACUACGAACCCCAACUGCUGCGGCUGUUGGAGAGACGGGAGGCGGGGGCGAAGGCGCUGCAGGAGAUGCAGGGGGAGAUCCAGGGGAUGAAGGAAGCCCUGCGGCCCUUGCAGGGGGAGGUCAGCCGGCUGCGGCUGCAGAACCGGAGCCUGGAGGAGCAGAUCGUCCUCGCCAAGCAGAAGCGGGAUGAAGAGGUCAGGCAGUACCGGGAACAGGUUGAGGAGCUGGAAGACAGGCUGAAGGAGCUGAAGAACGGGGUGCAGCUCCAGCAGCGCAAGAAUCAGGAACUGGAGGAGCUGAGGACCAGCCUCCACCGGGAACUCUCCAUCUACAAGGGCUGCUUAGAAAUCUACGGCCACCUUUGCAAAUCGGAAGAAAAAGCAGACGAGGAUUGUUAA